AUGCCACCGAAAAGAAAAUACAAUGAUGAAUACAUUAAAUUUGGUUUUACCGAUAUUACGGUGAAUAAGGAAGUAAGACCACAGUGCGUGAUUUUUACAACAGUUCUCAGUAAUGAUGCACUAAAACCUGCAAAAUUGGAACGACAUUUGAAGACAGUCCACCCAAAUUUUAGUGAUCGUUCUCGAGAAUUCUUUGAAGGUAAGAAGGAAAACUUUAAAAAAAAUGAAACUUGGGACAAGUGGUACGAGAUUUGAAACCUCUGAAAAAGUGCUUCAUACCUCAUAUGAGAUUUCCCUAUUAAUUGCAAAAUCUAAAAAACCUCAUACUAUUGGUGAAACUUUGAUUAAACCGUGUUUGUUGAAAGCUACAGAAGAGAUUUUAGGUAAGGAAACAGCAAAACAAAUACAAGACAUUCCUUUAUCAAAUAACACUGUAUAUAUAGGAUAUGGAAAUAUAUCGCAAGACAUUGAAGAACAGCUUAUAUGCCUCAUAAAAAAAUCUCAUUGGUUUGUUCUUCAGUGUGACGAAAGUACAGAUGUAGCACAAUGUUGUCAAUUGCUAAUCUUUGUUCGAUUUUUAAGUGGAGAUAAUACAAUAAAAGAAGAAUUAUUACUAUCACAAGUAUUACAUUAG